GUAGAGGAGACACGCUCAACGACCUCGAGUACGAGUGCGACGCCCUCAAGAUCGAUGUCGGGAAGGCCCUAGCGGAGCGUGACGAGGCGCGGGAGAGCAGUCACAGACUGCAAGAGAUGCUUGAGUCCUUACGGCAGGAGGUGAGCUCGUCAACUGUUGAAGAGACGGCCUCUGAUGACAUCACAACAGUUGGCCGAAGCCAGGCAAACCACAGGAGACAGACUGUCGGCCUCCUUCCAGCCACUCGCUGAGAUGCAGGCGGCUGUCGAAGCGGAGCGGCGUGCACGACAGCUCAUGGAGGAAGCGAACACACGGAGCAUCAACCAGCUGGAGCGCGAGCGGGAUUCCCUGAUACGUGAAUUGCAAGGCGCAAAGGCGGAGUGCGCCAAUGCAUACGCUGCAUCGGAAGCUGCGCGAGAGGCCAGGGACGCUUUGCGAGAGGAGUUCAUGAUCCUUCGGGAAGAACUGAGACAUCGAGUCGACGAGUUGGGCUUGUUGGAAGACCGCCGUGGCGCCGUGGAGCUCGGGCUAGAAGCGCUGAGAAAGGCCGCCGCGGCACAUUACGAGCUGGACGGCUUCCAGCAGGGCAGAAUAGCCGAGCUGGAGAUGGCCUUGGAAGCUGAACGACGUGCGCGAGAGAUGGCUGAGAAAAGGGCUACGAAUGGCGAGACACCGCACGGGCACGAGGAUAGUUCAAGGCGACACCCUGAGACGGACACGCAGCAUGGCGACGGCGAGGAUUGGAUGUACCGUGGCAUUCGAGAUGAGAUCCGCGAGCUGCGGGAACUCAUGACUCAAGGUUGCACGAGGAAGCAUCCAGGUUCCACGAACCUUCAACAUGACCUUGGCGAUCUCGUGGAAUACGGGGAAGACACAGCAGAAGCCGUGACUCGUCCCCGACAUCGACAAGGUAGCAUGACGCUGAUGCCUGGGGCACUAGAUGUGAAGCAGGAGACGUCUGAUCAGCCUUCGGGGCCGCAGUCGUCUUGGGAUCCUUGGGCGAAGAUACGCGCGGAAGGCAAGGUGCUGUUGAAGGUGGCAUCAGAUCCAGUCAAAUGGCUGCUUUCCACGCACACGCCAGGAAAUUUGAAUCGCGACGUAGGGACGAAUAACUCGAGCCCGAGACGCCUCGACGGGGACAUUGGUCAAGGAAAGCUCGAAAUCUCCUUGAUGGCCUGCUUGGCGGCAGUACUGGUGUUGUCGAUUUUACAGAUCAUGACCUCACCUCCUUAUCCGCAUGACUAUGAUCAUGGCGUACUUCAGGUUGCGUCUGAAGCAUGAAUAGAUGACUUGAUUGUAUUCUGCCACGGAGAAGUGCCGUAUUGCACCACAUACCUUUUGAGUCAACGC